AAAGAUGAAGAAAUUGCUAAAGUUCAUGAAUAUAAAGAAAGAAGAUUAGAAAGUCUUAUAUUUGAUGCCGAACACGCAUUUGAUGAAAAAGAUUAUGAAAAUGCAUAUUCUAAACUAAAUAAAAUUAUAGGGAAAAUUCCUGAUACUCAUAAAGAAUAUAUUAAUUUUGUACACAAACUUUCAUUAUGUAUUUUGAGAAAACAAGAUACUAAAAUAUUAGCUAACGAAAUUGAAAAUGAACUAUCAGAAAGUUGA